AUGGAGGAACAGUUUGAUGAUGAUAGUUUUUAUGCUGAGAUUAGGAGGCAUAUUCUGCAAUUGACAUCAGAAGAUGAAGAUUUAUCAGUUGAAAAAGCUUUCGGAGAAGGUGGUGUUGGUGGUUCAACAAGGCCACCAGCACUUGCAAAACACUCUUGCUCAUGGGAAACACAAAGUUCGAGAUCACCUCAUUUGACUGUGAAUUUGUGGAAGAGUGGAAGAGGUACUGGGGUGUUCAUUCCCCGAGCUGUGACUGCUAAAAAAUAUCAGAGAUCAGGAACAAUGAAUGGCAGAAAGCAAAUAUAUAAACCAGUGGCAAAUAAGUAUUGAAGAAACUACUGUUACCCUUCCGAAGUUUGUGUCUAGUGAAAAUACAAGAUUCCACCUUGUUCAUCAUAACUCUGCCCAUUUGAAUAAUUUGGAGUAUCAUCAAUCGCAAGUACAGAGAUGGGGAAGCUGGUGCAGAAUAUU